AUGACCCUGGACGUAAAUGUCCAACCUCCAUUCUUCUUCUCAAUCGGAGGGCUACAGAUAAAGAAAACUGCCACUAGCGUCUGUUGGGGAAUGCGUUCUACUCUUCGUAUAUUUAUUAUAGGAGUUGCAUCCGUCGCGACUAACAAACCAGCAUGCGUCGCCACAGACAGUGAUCCAUUUGCUGAGAUGGGGAACAAAGAACUACCGAGGGAUUACAUUGCCCGCUUCAACGAGCAAGCGUUGUUAGUGGAAGAUUACGACAAUAAGAUGGCGCUCUCAGCCAUGUUCAGCGACCUCAAAGAAGGAAAGUUCACCUUCUCAAUUGGGAAAAAUUCACUGACCACCUUGGCCGAGCUCAUCAACAGGGUUCAGAAGUACACCAAUGCCGAGGAAUUUUUCAACACCCGCAGGAACAUCCAAGUCUCCAACAAAAAGCCCGACGACCGAGCCCCUCGUGAUCGUUGGCCAAGCAGGAGACCCGAGGGCAAAUUCCGUUCUUACACCCCUCUCAACACCUCCGCGGAGCAGAUCUUGUUAGAUAUUAGGGGUCAGAGACUCUUGAACUGGCCGGUCUGCAUGAAGACCAACGCUGAGAAUCGGGAUAAGAGCAAGUACUGUCGGUUCCACCGUGAUUAUGGCCACAACACGAGCGACUGUGUAGACCUCAAAGAUGAAAUCGAGACCCUUAUCCAUAAUGGUCACUUGUGCCAAUACAUUAAGGAGAAGAAGUUGGGUAGGAAAGAAGAACGACUGAGCAAAACCGUAGAAGAACCUGCUGAAAUUCGAACCAUUUAUGGUGGUUCAUCUAGUGGAGGCGAUUUGAAUAGGGCUCGUAAAUCCCACCUUCAGAGUUUAGACCCUGAACACUAUGUCUAUUUAACCGAAAGGCCAAGGAAAGAGCUCCGUCUCAGCCCCUGCAGCUUGACUUUCAUAGAAAAUGAUGCGUGUAGAAUCCAGCAUCCGCACGAUGAUGCUCUUGUGGUGGCUAUGACCAUAGCUAACCACAAGGUCUUCCGCAUCCUUGUCAACACGGGAAGCUCAGUCGAUGUCAUUUACUCCGAGGCAUUCGAGAGUAUGAGUAUUAACAGGUUGAACGUGGAUACGGAUCAUAAACUGGUGAAACAGAAGAGGAGAGCAUUCGAUGCCGAAAGAUACACAGCCAUAGCCGAUGAAGUUUCCAACCUCCUCAGCGUCGGCUUUAUCGAGGAAAUACAUUAUCCAGACUGGAUCGCCAACGUGGUCCCGGUGAAGAAAGCAAGCGGAAAGUGGCGGUCUGUGUCGACUACUCGGAUCUAA